GGCGCGAAAACGAACAAGAAAGCGAAGGAGUAGAAGUGUUGACAAGCAAGAGAGCAGGAGGAGACGAAGAGAGGAGAGGAGAGAGGAGAAGAGAACUACAGGAGAAAAGUACAAGGAAGAAGCGACGGGAAGUUGAGGUACAUGGAACUGUGUGUUGCUCCUUGAGUUAUAGUCGAGUGGUGUUAGUAGUUCUGGAGCAAGGAGAGAAGCCAGAGGGAAGAAGAGUAGAGGAGUUACUGCGUGUUCAAUUCGAACCUGCACAACAAUUUAUCAGCAUAACCCAGAGACAAGGAGCGGAAGAAUCCGCGACGGCGACCAAGGUUGGAUCCAGAAGCCAUUCCGAACAUUGAGAGCAAGAUAGCCAAGAACCAUUCUGGUUCACAUCAAAUCAGCAGACAUGGGAAAUCAACACGCCAAACACGACAACUUCAGCUACCCUGCUGACAACAAGACUCUUUUUGAUCCCAACAUUGCGGACAGCUAUCCCUGCAGUCCGACUGGAAGCGCGAACAUGAGCCCGGCCGUCCCCCUCAGCCCUGUACUCAGCAGCUACUCCAUGCCCGAUAAGGAGACGCAUCCUGCCACCCAUGCUUCGAGGAGGAGGCCGAAGAAUCUUUCCGUGGAGAUCCCUGACUGCGUGCUCAACCUCCGCGAUCCGCGAUCCCCUUCGGCUCCGAGGACCCCUCUGCCCCUGUCAGACUCCGACUGAAGGAGGAGGAGGAGGGAGGAAGCAGGAGGAGGAUUUGUCUUUGAAUCAUACUUGUACAUACACCUUGAAGAUCUUGGUUUCGAGUUAACAACUAGAGUGACUGGACUGUUGCUGGUAAGCUUGUUGAUUUGUAAGAAGGAACGAAUAAAACUAUGGUUCUGAAGAG